CCAACACCUAAAAUAAUCCAUAACUCGACCCAAAUGAAUCUUCAACAAUGGAGUAAGUUGCCGAAAAUACUCGCCGGAGAUUUUGACCGCAAAAGGCAACCGGGUAGAACUCCACAAGAGCACAAAAACUCCAAUGCAAAGCUCAACGAUGUGAAAAAGCUUUGCGCUGCUUUUGAAACUAUGGAAUAUCAGAAUCACUCUGUUUUCCAUUUUCUCAGUACCAAAAUCAAAAGCAUCCCUUUGAAGAGCAAUGAAAACAAGCUCUAUUGAAGGACAUAAAAGUUUGGUUGUUCAAUAGCUGAUGCAGAAUCCCUUAUUGCCUUGUUGAUUCAUGUUUAGGGAAUAAAUUAAGCUAUCUGAUUAGUUUUUUCACCACAAAAAUAAAUAAAAAAAUCAUCAUCAUUAGCCUCAAUAGACGUUACAGUUGAUGAGAAAGAUAAGGAUAGAAAAGUUUGGUUGAUUACUCGUGUAUGAGAUAAAGAACUCCAUUGUUGAAGCUUCAUUUGGGUCGGGUUGUGGGUUGUUUUGGGUGUUGGCUGGGGCAAAAAUCAUAUGGGUCCUUCAAUGUAAUCUCAACCCUCUAUGUGUCUAUUUUAAGGUGAACCCGCAUAUUUAACAGAUCAGGCAUAUUUGAGUUCAAAGUAUAACGGCUAGCCAGUUCAAGAAGCAAUUCAAAAUCUAUUGAAAAUGUUCCAGAUAUCACUCUGAGGAGCAUAUCAUCCUGCAUGUAUAAGGACCAUGGAGGUAUCCCGUGGAUAUCUGGAGAUAAAACAAUGCUCCGUUCAACUAUGACGCAGGAGCCAAUAAGCUAUGGUUACAUGCGAUCAGUUACAAUGCAAGCAAAAGCUCCAGGCCAAGCACGAAAAAUGGGAGCAGUCAAAGUGUCCAUGCUGAGUCCUGGAAUCAUAUAUGAGCCUUAUGUCCCACGUGAAAAAAUCCCAUUCUGGAAGCGGUAUUUCACUAGAAAUGGUUGGAAAAGGACAAAGGAGGAUCUUACUUCAGAGCUCAAAAGUGCAUAUGCCAUUGCUAAAUUACGAAAAGCUGGAUAUUCAAAACAAAAGUUCUAUACUGAAGCUGUUAGCAUAUACAAAGAGAUAAAUACCCAAAUGGCGAAUGGAGGAAAGGCAACUUUGAGGAAAUCAGUUACGGAGCAUAUGUACUCUGCUCUCAAGAAUGAGAUCAAGCAACGGGAAUCCGUGUGGCCUACUGUCUACUGGGAGCUAAUUGAACCAAUUGUUAAAGUCCGAACUCUGCGAGCUCGAUUGAUUGGUGUUGAUCGAAAUGAUCUGAGUAAGGUGUUCAUACAGCUUACACUUGAGUUUCUGUCUAAGCAGAAGUUUGAGGCAUAUGAUGGGAAAGGAGCUGUUGUCUCUGGAGAUAAAAAUAAGGAGGUCUUGGUACGUGAUAUAUGGGUUUUUGAGAAGUCUCUCUUCCACCCUGGAGCAUACUGGCGUCUAUGUGGACGAAUCAAAGUUUAGAUAGACUGCUGCGAAGAGGGAAUGAUCAUUCUUCAAUUUUGUAAUAUGCUAGAAUUUGUAACGUAUCCAACCCUUAGACACUACAUGUCUUUGUUUCUCUCAAGCUAAUUAUUUGAGCCUUCCUCUUAGGUUGAAUAGUACUUUCGUGUGCCUUAUUCUGUAGUGCAUUCAGAAAAUUUCCUUUACACUUGUGUAGCCGCCAUUUUUAUAUAACUCAAUAAGCAGGUACAGUCCUGAAUAAUUGUUCUUAAAAGAAAACCUAUAAAGAUGUAUUUUCAGUUUUUUGGAA